UCAGAUGUGAAUCCGAUGGAGCGGCCGGGGGAAGGCGAGCAGCCGCCCCAGCAGCAGCCUUGGGGGAGGCUUCUUCGCCUGGGCGCCGAGGAGGGCGAGCCGCACGUCCUCCUGAGGAAACGGGAGUGGACCAUCGGGCGAAGAAGAGGUUGUGACCUUUCAUUCCCUGGCAAUAAAUUGGUCUCUGGAGAUCACUGUAAAAUUACAGUGGAUGAAAAAUCUGGUCAGGUAUCACUGGAAGAUACCAGUGCCAAUGGAACUGUCAUUAACAAGCUGAAGGUUGUUAAGAAGCAAACUUGCCCUUUACAGACUGGGGAUGUCAUCUACUUGGUGUACAGGAAGAAUGAGCCAGAACACAAUGUGGCAUACCUCUACGAAUCUCUAAAUGAAAAGCAAGGUGUAACACAAGACUCCUUUGAAGCUAAUAAAGAAAAUAUGUUCCACGUGACCAAAGAUACCUCAGGUGCAGUGCGAGGUGACGAUCCUCAGGAUCCCCAGGUCCUGCUGUCAUCGCCCGCCACUCAGGUGUGCUUUGAGGAACCACAGCCAUCAACGUCCACGUCGGACCUCUUCCCCACGGCCUCUACCUCUUCCAUGGAGCCCACCUCUGCAGGCCGAGGGCCUCCCUCCAGCUCCAGCUCCAGAGGUGCAGACGUCUCUCCAAAGGGGUGUGGUCCAUCUGUGACAAGUGAUGAAAUCUCCAGCUUCCCUUCGACUCUCCCAGACAGAGAGGGGGCUUCCUUUUCUCUUUCGGAACCCCAGGAUCAGGAGGAUUUGGAGCCUGUUAAGAAGAGAGUAAAAGCAGAUGGGGAGCCAGACCUUAACCUACCCAUACUGGUCACAGACCCAGGCAGAGACCCUCCCGCUGCCCUCGACGUCAGAGCUGAGGCCAUGAAGCCAGACAAGAUGGAGGAGACACUCACGUGCAUCAUCUGCCAGGACCUGCUGCAUGACUGUGUGAGCCUGCAGCCCUGUAUGCACACCUUCUGCGCUGCCUGCUACUCGGGCUGGAUGGAGCGCUCUGCCCUGUGCCCCACCUGCCGCUGUCCGGUCGAGCGCAUCUGUAAAAACCACAUCCUCAACAACCUGGUGGAGGCGUACCUGCUGCAGCACCCAGACAAGAGGCGCAGCGCGGAGGACCUGCGCAGCAUGGCCGCCAGGAACAAGAUCACGCAAGACAUGCUACAGCCCAAGGUCAGGAGGGCCUUCUCUGACGAGGAGGGCAGUUCCGAGGACCUGCUGGAGCUGUCGGACGUGGACAGCGAGUCCUCGGACGUUAGCCAGCCGUCCAUCGUGUGCAGACAGUGCCCUGAGUACCGCAGGCAGGCGGGGCAGCCCCUUCCCUAUCCAGGGCCCGGCAGCGAGCCAGGGGCACCGCAGGCCCCCGGGGAUGCACCGUCCACAUCCGCCAAUGUCACAGCAGCCCAGGACUACGUGUGUGCCCUGCAAGGAAGCCACGCCAUAUGCACCUGCUGCUUCCAGCCCAUGCCCGACCGGAGGGCGGAGCGCGAGCGGGACCCCCGCAUCGCCCCCCAGCAGUGUGCCAUCUGCCUGCAGCCCUUCUGCCACCUAUACUGGGGCUGUGCCCGGACUGGCUGCCUCGGCUGCCUGGCCCCGUUCUGCGAACUCAACCUGGGUGACCGGUGUCUGGAUGGGGUGCUGAGCAACAACAACUACGAGUCAGACGUCCUGAAGAAUUACCUGGCCACCAGGGGUUUGACAUGGAAAAACAUGUUGAUUGAGAGCCUUGGGGCUCUGCAGAGGGGAGUAUUCCUGCUGUCUGAUUACAGAAUCACCGGGAACACCGUGCUGUGCUACUGCUGCGGCCUGCGGAGCUUCCGCGAGCUCACCUACCAGUAUCGGCAGAACAUUCCUGCUUCUGAGCUACCAGUGGCCGUCACAUCCCGUCCUGAUUGCUAUUGGGGCCGCAACUGCCGCACUCAAGUGAAGGCCCACCACGCAAUGAAAUUCAAUCACAUCUGUGAACAGACGAGGUUCAAGAACUGAGCGUCCAAGGAGGCACCGUGAUGGCUCAGGAGUGUUGGCAGUCAGUGACACAUGUCUCAGAAAAUACUGAAAACAGACAUUUUAAGGGCAUUUCACAGUCCCCCCCUCAGGGGGCACUGGGGUCUCGGCAUCGGGCACUCUGGUGUGACCUUUCUUUUGUGGAGUGAGACCCUCUCGGCGAGAACCCCCCCCCACCUGUGGUACCCAGAGCCCUGGGGCCGGAACAAGAGCCAUCAGCCGUCCCCUGUGUAUCUGUCCCACAACCACAGUCGAAGCAGAAAUCUCUCUUCAAGAAGAGUGUCCUGGGAGAGGAAGGGGAGCUUGUCAGAAACACUGUGCUGUGAGGAAAGGGAGCACAAUUUUCCAGCCACAGGACGCACAGCAGCUCACAUGUGUGUUUUCAUAGCUUCGGUGCUCAUCUCCUAAUGAGACUUAAAUAUCACGAACUGUAGCACAAAUGAUAUAAUUUAUAUUUACAAAUUGACUAAAAUUGGAGACACUGAUAUUUGAAAGAAUAAGCAUAUGUUUCUGUUUAUGAAAAAAAAUCAUCAGACGUCCAGGACUCCCCAGUGCCAAGGGCGUGUUUGGGUCACUAACACACAGGGCUCCUCCUUGGCACAACUGCAGCCCACCGAGCUGUCCGCCCUCACUUCUCCCAGCCUCGGGGCUGGGGUGGCCUGGGGCCAGGCUGCAGGUUGUCCCUGGUGACGCCCCAGCCCGCCUGGAGCAGCCCCUUCCUGCCAAUAGCUUCUGCGAGUCCUUAGCCUUUCCUCCUGCGUUGGGUUUGCCGUGUCAUCUGGAAUAAUACUUGAAAUUUUGUUGUUUAAAAAAAAUUUUUUUUUAAUCAUUUGUUAAAGCCACCCGUUUGUUUGCAAAAUUGUACCUUUUUUGCUUCUUCUCAGGAAUACAAUUUUCAACUUUGUCUUGCUCUUGAUACAGACUCUGAGAAGCAGUGCUCUGGGGAAGAAGGCCUCCUUCCUGCAUUCUAAUAAACACGCUGUGUCUGUUUCUCUCCCUGGCA